CUGCCAGCGUUUAGUAAAUCAUCUUCGCCUGGUCAUCGUCGUCCAUGGCUAGGACAGUCUCUCCAGUUCUCUCCGUUCUCCCCACACGGGCACUGGUGGAUGAGAGGUUCAGGGUGGUGGUGGAGAAUCUGCCUCCAUGGUCCCCAGUAACUCUGCAUUCCCUUCACCAGUCUGAGGACAGGGACUACUGGGAGGCCUACGCUCACUAUGUCAGUAAUGACAGAGGCACAGUGACCGUUUCAGAAGAUGCCAGUGUUGGUGGAACAUAUACAGGAAAUGAAGCCAUGGGUUUGCUGUGGAGUAUGCGCCCUGUCCCAGGCAGUCGAAAAGGUCUAAGGUUGAGAAAGAUGGAUAUCCGCACCCCCAUAGUGGUGACGAUCUCAGUGUACAAAGGCCAUGUUGCUGAGGGCUUCCAGGAGCAGACCCCCAUGGCCUCGGUGGUCACAGAGAGGUGGUACAUGGCUCCGGGUGUCCGGAGGAUAGACAUCAGGGAGAGAGGCGUCAAAGGGACUCUCUUCCUACCCCCAGGUCUAGGACCUUUCCCUGGGGUGCUGGAUUUGUGGGGAGGGGGUGGAGGACUGGUGGAGUAUCGCUCUUCCUUGCUGGCGUCUCAUGGUUUUGUGUCCAUGGCACUGGAAUACUUCUCACCUGGUCAGCAACAAGAAGUUGAUUUCAACUAUUUUGAGAAAGCAUUUAGUAUUGUCCAGGAGCACCCUCAGGUGAUGAAAGACAGAGUUGGGAUGUUCGGUCUUUCCUUUGGCACAUCAGUGUCCCUCACUAUUGCAGCCUACUCCAAACUUGUCAGUCCUCGUUGCUGUGUCUGUAUCAGUGGCAGCCAUGUUUAUCCACUCAACAAACCCCUCGUAGAGAUCUAUGCAAACAUAAACAAGAGGAUAGACAAAAAAAGGUUGGAUGAUCAAAACUGUGUUAUAUGGCGGGAUGUAAUUCUGCCAAUCCCUAGUGACCCAGAAGAGAAAAUAGAUAUGAGGAGGCUAAAGUGUCCACUGUUGUUGGUCAAUGGUGAUGAUGAUCAGAACUGGGCCACAGUGGAAUCUGCUGAGGAUAUAGCCAAGAUGAUGCGUGAAGCGGGUAAUGAGCACCUCUUGACCACACUGACUUAUCCCAAUGCUGGGCAUCUCAUUGAACCCCCAUACACACCCCACUUCAGGUCCAGCAAUUUUAUUGUGCAAGGCAGUCGAGAGAAAGUGGUUAUGCUGUGGGGAGGACAGACAAAACCCCAUGCAGAUGCACAGGAAGACUCGUGGGAGAAGAUUUUGGCGUUUCUGCGUCAGCACCUGUACCCCAGUCCUGUCACUGUCCUCAAAGCUAAGAUGUGAAGCCGUAAACACACCAAUAUGUUUAUAUGAGAGUGUGUGUGAGGCAGGAAAUUAUGUAUGCACUCUCUUAAUUAUAUGGUAUAUGAAGAUAUACCUAACCCUUGGGCCAACCUGGUGGAUUGACCAGUCAAGUGCCUAUCAUAUAGAAUUAGGCCUGAUCAGAA